GGAAAGGUCCUUUGGCUGGUGGAACUGAAGAUUUUUAAGGAGACAACAAUGAAUAGUGUGAAGGCAAAUGCAUUGGUGCAUUUAUACAAGCAGCUGAAAGCGGUCUGGAGUCCACCAGCACGGCUCUGCAGCCUGGUCGCCUGCACCAGUAGAAGCAGGAAUGCUGCAUUGCAUCCCCUUUGGCAGAGUCCACUCACGAUUCCGGGGGGCACCCGGCAGUCUCCGAUCAACAUCGAGUGGAGAGACAGUGUUUAUGACCCCUUUCUGAAGCCCCUGAAAAUCAGCUACGACCCAACGACGUGCCUUCACAUCUGGAACAACGGAUAUUCGUUCCUGGUUGAGUUUGAUGACUCUACUGAUAGAUCAACAAUCGUUGGAGGUCCCUUGGAAAACCAAUACAGGCUAAAGCAGUUCCACUUCCACUGGGGAGCUCUGAAUGACUGGGGUUCAGAGCACACAGUUGACAACAAAUUUUAUCCAGCAGAGUUGCAUUUAGUACACUGGAAUGCUGUUGUGUACCCCAAUUUCGAAGAAGCUGUGAUGGAAGGCAACGGUUUGGCUGUUAUUGGAGUGUUUUUGAAGCUAGGAGCACACCAUAAAGGGCUGCAGACACUGGUUGAUGCCUUGCCAGCAAUUAAGCACAAAGAUGCUGUCAUCGAGUUUGAUGUCUUUGAUCCCACCUGCCUGUUGCCUUCAUGUCCUGAUUAUUGGACUUAUGCAGGCUCUCUGACUACUCCCCCACUUACUGAAUCAGUCACAUGGAUUAUUAAGAAGAAGCCAAUAGAGGUUGAUGAGGAUCAGCUGGAGGCAUUUCGGAUGCUGCUCUUCACCUCAGACGGUGAGGAAGAACAGAGAAUGGUAGACAACUUCCGCCCUCUCCAGCCGCUGAUGAACCGGACCGUCCGCUCCUCCUUCCAAAGCAGGCAUCUUUUGAAGGCCGAAGUGCAGCCCAAGGACCAUGCUGAGCAGAUCAGGCCCUAGGUGGCCCAUGAAAUGUCAGUCCAGACUGGGGGUACCUGGAUAAGUGAUGCUCUUUUUCAAUCGUCUUUCCUUUCCCUGCAGUGUCUGUGUGUGCUGUACCAUUUCACAGCCGGCUUCGGUUCUGCUAAGUGCCUUCUGACCUUCAGUAGAGAAGCUGUGGGGUUCUUUUAGAUUUGCUUUUCCUAAGAAGUAAAUAAUAUUGACCCUUAACAAACUGACUUGCUUCAAGGCAGGGACCAAUAAGGAAUUCUUUUGGCAGUGAAAGGGAAAAUAAGGGCAGGAAAUCUAUUCCCUUGCCUCUUUUCUGAAUUGUUCUGUGUUUCUUCAGAUGCUCUUUCAGUGACCUGCAUGAAUUAAUAAUCCCAACUAAACACAAGCUAGCACAGCAAGUGUGAAGAAGUGGAAAGCAUUCAUGAUGAUCAGGUCCCUUUGUGGAACUGUUUCAGAGGUCUGGGAAGAGAAUGAUCUUCUCUAGUCACGUAUUCAGGGGCAUUCUGUGUGCCCUUUUUUCC